CACAAAGCUUCUCAGACAAUCAUCUACAAAAAUGCUAACUGCCAGCGAGUUGCGCGCAAUCAUGACGCAUCCGGCGUCGAGCAAUCCCGGUCUCGAUCGCAGUCCCGAUGCACUCCCCGUACCGAGUGCGCAUGUCCCAGCAAGCGAAGGGGCGACUGAGACCGCGGCGAGCAUGCGCGCAAUGCGAGAAUGGUUUGCGCAGAUCGCCGACACGCUGAUCAACGAGUGCGCACUCGUCGUCAACGGCACGCACCGCUUCCGUCUCUUGGAAAUCGAGUUCUAUGCGUACAAGGACGGCUCAUUGGCACUGCCGUUGGAUGGCCCGGGCGCGGUCUCGGUCUCGGUCUCGGUCUCGGAGGCUUCGUCGAUUCCUGUGCAUCGUGACGUGUUUGCGCACCGGCAGCCGACCCAGCGAGAGUGCCUCACGUGGUACUUUCACAAGCGCGGCAAGUCCUUUGUUGGAGGAACGCACAAAGGUUUGGACGUGACCUUUGGUGAUUCGACCCUGCUUGGCGGCAUUUUGCUGCGCUCAAUGCAAAGCUUGGAAAAUGAUCAGGAUGUGGUCUGCGGGCCGUGCUUGCUUGUGGAUCGGCUUCUCAAAGACGCAGAAGUGGAUUCCAUUCAGUCGUUUGUGUCCAAGGCCGCUGAUUUAUCUGCUGUUCCUGCGCCUUCGGAUACCGCGAGCAAUCAGCCGUAUCUGCGAAUAGUGCCAUGGAAGCUUGAGAAGCGCUCGCUGUUGAACACUCCGAGAAUCGGGUUGACCCUCAAGAAACAUGCAGACCAAACCGAGUUGCGGUACCGCUUUCUCAUGCAACCGUAUCGUGUGCUUGCAGACAGCCCUCCGCUCUCGAAAGGCAAGACUCAGACAUUGGUUGCAAGGCUGCACCAAACCUAUCAAUCUGGAGGGAUUGCAAGCGUGGCCACGCAGUCAGAACCAUUCGCAAAGGCGUGCCGAUGGGUCGAGGCCGCUCGCGCAGCAGACGCGCCAAAGGUGCAGCUACAACGGCGUCUUGUGGGCCUGCACGGAAAUGACAUGUCUUCUGCCGCCGCAAUAUGCGAGGCCUAUCCGCUGCUCUGUGCAUGGUCGGAGCUCGACUUGGCAGACGACGGUUUGCAACAAUCCGAACAACCCGAACAAUCCGAACAAUCCGAACAACCCGAACAACCCGAACUUCCUCCGGCAGCCAGCCAUGCCUCACCAGUGCAACUGACGCCCGCGGUUCCUAGCUCACUGUUCCAGUCCAUUGUUGCGAAAACAACGCGCGAACGCCCUCGAAGAGGGAUUGCGCAGCUCGACCAUGAAGACCCGAUCGCGGCGAACAAGCGACCGCGGCUCUCGCCCCCGCUUUGAAACUUGUUAUUUGACCAUUGUGAUUUGCUGUUCUUGUAGCCGCGUUCUGUGACAGCCUCGAGUGUGCAUGGCGAU